AUGGACGGUGAGCAAGCUAAUGAGCUUACGCGGUGGCCUUCGGUCGAUCGGGGAAGCAUCGAAACGAUCAAACAGUGGCUCACCACCCAACCUCAUCUGCCACAAAUUGAAGAUCAUGAAAUAGCGCUGUUCCUGCACGCCAACUAUUGCAAUGCGGACGCGACCCAGCGUACGAUCGAGAACUAUUACACACUGCGCACGAGCCACCGGGAAUGCUUCACCGACCGGGAUGUGUGGAACGAAGCGUUACAAACGGCACAAAAAAUCAUGAUGUUCACCGUACUGCCAGGAGAGACGAAGGAAGGCUACAAAAUGGUUUACACCCGACUGCUCAUCACGGAUGUUGCCGAAUUCAAUCACGCGCAGAUUCUAAAGCUCAUGACCAUGUGUCUCGAUCUGUGGGUGAAGCUGGAGGGCAAUGCAAACGGGCACAUCAUGCUGUCGGAUAUGCAGGGUAUGCAUCUGGGCCACAUGACCAAGCUAAACAUGGGCGCGGCAAGGAAACACAUGUCUUACGUCCAGGAAGCGUUGCCAAUCCGACUGAAGCAAAUACACUUCAUAAAUGUGGUACCGUUCAUGAAUCGAUUAAUGUUUCUUAUGCGCCCGUUUAUGCGCAAGGACGUGCAGGAGAUGAUCAACAUGCACGUCGGCAUGGAUACGCUCCACCAAGCGAUACCUGUGGAGAGCUUGCCGAAUGAGUACGGUGGUACGGCCGGGACGUUCCAGCAGCUUCACGAUUGCUUCAAGGAGAAGCUAUACGCACACAAUAAUUGGUUUCGUAGUGGGGAGUCCCAAAAUUUGGUCGAUGAAGCAAAGCGUGUCCCAAAGCCAACAAGAUACAUGUUUGGGCUGUUCGGCUAG